CAGAAGUUGCAGAGCUGAGGAGUUUCCCCGAGUAGACCCUACACUCACGCGAUGUUGUACCAGAUUUUUUUUGCACUUGGUGCCCUGAUCGCCUUAUUGCUGGUCCUUAUCUGUAUUUUUGCGCUAUAUAUAGCUCAUGUAAGGCGCAAAUUUGCCCACAUACCAUCUGCACCACUGACGAGUUUCUUCUCUGGGCACACAAAAGACGUUAUUGCAUGCCGUGAUGCAGGAAAUCCCAUUCACAGCUUAUUUCUACAGUGGCAUAUCGAAUAUGGUGCAAUUUUUGUGUGUUGGUUUAUGCAUUUCCCCUUUAUUGUAAUAACUGAUCCAGAGAUGGUGAAGGACAUUCUUGUUACCUCUAACCUCCCCAAGCACUUCUUAGCCUAUACUGCUCUUGGCUAUCUCUUUGGGCAAAGAUUUCUUGGUAAUGGUCUGGCAACCAAUGUGAAUAAUGAGGUCUGGAAACAAAGACGUGGCUUAAUGAACCCAGCUUUUCAUCGCAAGUACCUUAAAGAUUUGAUGAGUUCUUUUAAUGCCACAGCUGAUCUCCUCAUCUCUCAUCUGGGUAAAAUGGCCGAUGGGAAAACAGAAGUUUGCAUACUUGAACAGUUUGGUCAUGCAGCCUUGGAUAUCAUUUGCAAGGUUGCUUUUGGCAUGGACGUAGAUGUUAUGAGCGGAAAGGAUACGACAUUUAGAGAUGCAGUUUCUCUGAGCUUUGAAGGAGUUCACGUUUCACAAAUGAACCCUUUUCACAAGUGGAACGUUUUCCAAUAUCUAUACCAAUGGCGCGUGGUAAAGGCAGUAAAAUUUUUGCGUGAAACUGGAAGGAAAGUGAUUGAAGCGAGAAAGCAUGCCAUGGCAAGAGGAGAAGAGGUCCCUGAUGAUAUAUUACAACGAAUUAUUCAACAGCAAGAAUCAGUUCCAAACUUCGACAUUGAGGACAUGUUGGAUGAUUUCGUUACUUUCUUCAUUGCUGGUCACGAAACUACAGCCAGUUUGUUAAGCUUUUGUGUUCUUGAGCUGGGAAAUCAUCCGGAGAUAGUUGACAGUUUGUUGGAAGAAAUACAUGAUGUUCUGGGACCUAAACAGCAUGUUGCGUUUGAUGACCUGGCCAAACUCAAACAACUCGGGCUGGUACUAAAGGAAACUUUACGACUAUACCCUCCAGCAGCUGCUGGUUCACUACGAAUGUGUGAAAAGGAUGCAGAAAUUGGAGGAUACAAAAUACCUGCUAACGUUCCUAUCAUGUUGAGUACCUUUGCCAGCAGCCGAUCUCCUAAGUACUGGACUAAGCCAGAGGAAUUCAAUCCUUACAGAUUUGACGAUGAAGAACAAUUGAAGAGUUCUCAUUACAAUUACUUCCCGUUUUCACUUGGACCCCGGAACUGUAUCGGACAAAACUUUGCACAGAUCGAGGCCAAGGUUUUGUUGUCACGCUUCCUUCAGACGUUCAAUUUUUCUUUGGUACCUGGACAGUCACGCGAUGUUCAUGAAAGAGUCACGCUUCGACCCAAGGAUGGCGUUAUGUGUACUUUGACGAAGCGAAAUUAACCUACUUGUCGAUCUCUCGCUAUGAUGGUUCGGAAGUAGCUCCCAGAAAUUCCUGUUGUGAAGAAAACGGGUCCUUCAAUGAAAUUG